CAAUACUUCACUCUUCAUCUUCUUCUUCUUUUUCUGUCGUUUAUAUUUUUCUCGAGCUAUUUUAUUCUAUUGUGCUGGUUCACAUUAGUUUCAUUCCACUCGCUUAUCUCUCUCUUUUUCUUCUAUAUUCUUCAAACAAACUUCCCCUUAACACACACAUCUCCACCAACCAAACCGUAUAUAUAAACCAAACCAAACCAAACACCAUCAAACACCAUCAAUAUACACAAAAAAUGAUCUCAAAGCCUGAAAUUAACCAUUCAUCCAACCAUCAUCACAGCCAUCAUCAUCACCAGCACAAUCAACAACAAUCCACACCCGUCGCCUCAACCCGUAAACGGACAUAUCUCAGACCUCCUCAGGUUGCCACUCUUCAGGAAUCAUUUGAAUCCAAUCCUUUGCCAGAUGCCAGCAGUAGAGCAUCCUUAGCUCGGCAAUUGGGUGUCACAGACCGCACAAUUCAGGUCUGGUUCCAGAACAGGCGUGCCAAGUCUCGCAAGAUGGAAUCCAUUUCUAGUGUCCUCGGUCAGACCAACUCCUUUAAUCAGCUCCGACCGGGAAUGUUGGAUACCGACAAGGUUCCUGCGCCACCUCGUUACCAGGCAACCUUCCGCACCUUGAUGACACCCGAACGAUUCGAGGAGUUGAGACAACAGCAACAACAACAACAAGAUCAAGAUUCUUCGUCACAGCCUCGUCGUCGUCCCCGAUCUAGUUCCAAACCAGAACCAAAGACCUUGUUUGUUGACGAACCAUGUCAGAGAGCCUUGUCUGAAGGCAUUUCAUUGAUUUCAUCUCAAGUUCCAAUUUCUUCGCCUCCAGUGGAUAAUCUGUUUAACACAUCUGCUCAACUAGUCUCUCUGCCUGUCAAUGUUCUCCGAGUAGGUAGUUGGACACGUUUUGCUGAUUCCAACAGUCCAGGCACGGACUGGGACCUCGCAUGCUACGGCAGCCCGAUAGAGCGUCAGUUGAUCUGGCAGGUACAGGCGGAGGGACAUUACUUUAGGGUCCAAAUCCCCUUUGGAAGCAUUCGUCAGCUCCGCCUCAGUCAGCAGGUGCAGGUGGAAACAGGCGACAUCGUGGGCCAGCUUGAUGUGACUCUGGAGCCUACAAUGCUUGAGUUCUCCAUGUGGCGACAGGGAGUUGACAAUGACUGGGUGCGCUGUGGAGACUUCUCUGAAGAACGCCAGGCCAGCCAGUCUGCAAUCCACACCCUCCAGGGCAGCCAUGAUGCAUUCAAAUUGGCUCUUCUUGAUCUGGUUACUCUUUCACCUGAGCUUGCUUCCAAGGUUACCAUCAACCACCCUUCGUCUCUUGUCGACCGAAUGCAGGCAACCCCCCAGCCAAGCCUUCCUUCCCUAGACACCUUCCGUGACAUUACGCUUUCCCCCUCAUCUACCCCUGAACCCAGUGCGUUUGCCCCUAAUCUCACCAUGUCUAUCUACGGUGCUGGUGGUGGUAUUCAACAGGCCAAGCCGGUUAUGGCCCAAGAGUCGCUCUUCCAGGCACCUUUCUACUAUCAAUGUGAGCCUGCAGCUCAGUGGAACUAUGUCCAACAAAUGCUUGUCCCUCAGACAUAUACUAUCAACACACCUUGGCCCAUGAAUACAGAUCUUUAAAAUAAAAUAAAACUUAAAGAAUAUACAAGAAAAUAAGAUAAAUAUAAAUAUAUAUAUUAGCAAUUUUAAAAAAAAAUUGUAUAUAUAUAUAUAUAUACAUACAUACAACACAACACAAGCACACAUUCUCUUCCUCUCUAUCACACACCGUUAUACAUAUAUAUACUUAUCCAAAUAGCCCUCCCCUCCUCCUUCAACCCAUUCCAUUUUCCCUUCCCACACAUAGUCCUUUCUCUUUAUUAUAUAUAUAUAUCUUUUUUUUCUAGUCUUCUUGAUGAAGUGAAAUAAAAUAAAAAUAAAAAACCAUAUAGUAUUAUCUU